CUUCUCUUAAAAGGACAAGACCAUGAGUAGAAGGUGUGGAUUUGACCAGAGACCAUGGCAACCAGUUUCGUGCUACUGCUGCUCUUUGUCCUUCAUGGAGCUGAUGGUUCUCAUAUUGUGGGAGGCAGAGAUUCUGCACCGCAAUCACGCCCCUACAUGGCCUCGCUGCAAUCCCGAGGUCGCCACAGAUGUGGGGGAGCCCUGGUGAGAGAGGACUUUGUGCUCACCGCAGCACAUUGCCAGAUACCAGUACCGUACACAGUUGUACUUGGAGUUGGUUCCCUGACCGCGAAUGAGCCGACAAAGCAGGAGUUCAGUGCGGUCAGAUCCUUUCGACAUCCCAACUAUGAUGGACACGCAAAUGACAUCAUGCUGCUGAAGCUCGACCGUAGAGCCCAACUGACUGAAGCAGUGCAGCUGAUCCCUCUGAAACCUGAAACGAUCAACGCAGCCAGUCAGUGCAUCGUAGCUGGCUGGGGGUCUUUAAGGGAUAACGGCCCCGCUUCAAUCAGGCUCCAGGAAGUCAACGUGACCAUCCUGCCACAGCCGACAUGUCGUAGAAGAUGGUCAGGUGUUCGUAUCACCAGUGCUAUGGUUUGUGGCGUAGGGGCCCGCGCCUUUCAAGGUGCCUGCACGGGGGAUUCAGGUGGUCCGUUGGUGUGUGAUGAAGCCGCAGCAGGCGUCGUCUCCUUCGGUGGACGCCGAUGCGGAGACCCCAGAAGACCUGCUGUCUACACACGCAUAUCGUCCUUCGGCCAAUGGAUUGAAGACGUGUUAACAAACAAUUAAGCUAAUUAGAUUACAUGGUAAUAUGUCAGCAUGCUUGAUUGGGAUCUGCUUGUUAUGUUGUUUUAUUUCUGAUAAACAGUGCUCUGGUGAAUGAAAUUAGGUGAUAAAUUCUUUUUUGGCACUUUUUGUUUUUGCAAAAAUUUCGCAAAUAAAAGCCAAGAAAAAAGUAUUCAGUAAGUUGAAUGUUAUAUAAAAUGGCAAUGGAAAAGCAAGGUACAUUUCCAUUAACUCAUUUUAUGUUUUUGUAUUUUAUGUGUUGUCAUUUUGUUCAUUUUGCAUAAUCGGUUGGUAGGUAGGUCCCAGCAAUGAAUGUAAUUGUUGCAUUUAAUAAACAAUAAAAAUGGUCGUACAGCUGA